UCACCGUCCGUCUCAACCAAUAGCAGGCGGCGGCGCCGCAUUCGAACGGAGAGGUUAGGAGGCGCCGCAGGAGGACGGGCUGUUGGUCGAUCUCCUGAGGACAGAUCCCAUAGUGAUACAUUCUGUGCCGUAGAGAAAAUAAGAUUACAAGUCAAGUAUACUCUUCAGGAAGAGCUUGUAUGAUAUAUUGUUUCAGUCUUGCAGUUGCAGCUUGCUUUAGGUCUCAAUGCCUAUUUAUAUUGUUCCUAAGAAAAGCCAUAUUAGUGCACCUGGUGGAUCUUCACAAAAGCAUCCUCCAGAAAAUGUCAUUGCUAGAAACAGGUUUGCACAGACAUUUACAUCCCGCACACUGGAGAAUGAGGGAAGCAAUCCUCAGUCCCAGUCCCUGAGUAAGACCAAAGAAAUAAAUACGACCUAUGUGCUUUCAGCCUGUAACAAACUGGCUGACACUUCAGCUGCUUCCACGACUGAAGGCAAGCUGACACUCCAACGAAGAACUGUGACGAGCAAAGAACAACCUGAUACAAAUACAACACAUGACAGUGAAAAUACACAAGUGGAAAAAAGAUUGACGCUGCAGCGCCGAACAAGGACUGCGUCAACUGAGAAGCACAAAACAAAUAUUCACGAAGCCAGGGCAGAAAAAGGAGACCCUCUUCCCCAGAAGAGUGGCAAAACAUUGUUUCCACCAAAAAUUAGCAGCAGUGACCCUCCAUUUGUUAAGACUGGCCUUUUGUCACUUCAAGGCCUCACAGAUGGAAAGAAAAAUCCUGAUAUGAAAAGUGAUGGACCUUUUAAUCAUAAUGGUUCAAGUGCUACUGGUAGCUACACACCUUUAAGAUACAAGACAGUUGUUGGUGAUUCUCAGAGUAAAAACAAAGUUCCUAGACCAUCACUCUUAACAGUAGGAAAACUUGAUGAAAGGACGUCUAUGUUAAAACUAGCUGAAAAGCGUAAUUCCAGUAAGGAAAAUGGAACUGAAAGUCUGCAAAAUAGAUGUAUUAAGAAUGAAAAUCUGGAAAAGCAGAAGACACCAAGGAAAGGUUCGACAGAAGGAAUGAAAUUCACCCCCAGAUGUGGAGCUGUUCAGCAUGCCAAGACUCCUGCUGCCUCAAGCAUAAAGAAUAAGAUUCUGUGUCCUCAAACAAUAUCAGCCAAGAAAUCUGGUACUAAUGAAUUUGCUCUAAACAGAAGGUUGCAAGAAAAUACCACAUAUACUCAACAAACUGCUUCGCAGAAAGAAGAUACUCUAAUGCAGAACAUAUGUGGUAAAGAAGACCCUUUCAAAAUAGAAAACAGCAAAGUGACUGUAGCUGUGAGAAUACGACCCUUUAGUGUCAGAGAUAAGAAUGAAGAAACAUUACAAGUGGUUUCCAUGACAGGGCAAGAGACUGUUGUGCACCAUCCAAAUACAAAACAAAUCUACAGUUUCACUUUUGACUUCUCAUUAUGGUCUUUUGAUAAAUGUCAGAAUUUUGCAAGCCAAGAGAUGGUGUAUCAGUCUCUGGCAGUACCUCUCCUAGAAAGAGCCUUUGAAGGAUACAACACCUGCCUUUUUGCAUAUGGACAGACUGGUUCUGGAAAGUCAUACACUAUGAUGGGAUUUGAUGAUGACGAAAGAGGAAUAAUACCAAGAUUCUGUGAAGAUCUCUUUACUCAAAUAGCAGAAAAAGAAACGCAACAGACUGAUUUUCAUCUUGAGAUGAGCUAUUUUGAAGUCUACAAUGAAAAAAUUCACGACUUGCUAGUCUACAAAGCUGAAAAUGGACAGAAGAAACAGCCUCUUCGUGUGAGAGAACAUCCUAUCUUUGGACCCUAUGUGGAAGACCUGACUGUGAAUGUUGUUAGCUCUUACUUGGAUAUUCAGAAUUGGCUGCAGUUAGGAAAUAAACACAGAGCUACUGCUGCCACAGGAAUGAAUGACAAGAGUUCUCGAUCUCACUCUGUUUUCACCCUGGUGAUGACACAAACAAAGACGGAUAUUGUGGAAAAGGAGGAACGCGAACACAGAAUUAUCAGUCGUGUGAACCUGGUAGACCUUGCAGGCAGUGAGCGCUGUUCUACAGCUCAAACCAGUGGAGAAAGACUGAAGGAAGGUGUGAGUAUAAAUAAAUCCCUGUUAACUCUGGGGAAAGUUAUUUCUGCACUGUCUGAGCAAAAUCAGAGCAGGAAGAAGGUGUUCAUUCCUUACCGUGAAUCUGUUCUUACAUGGCUGUUAAAGGAAAGUCUUGGUGGAAACUCGAAAACUGCUAUGAUUGCCACAAUUAGCCCUGCUGCAAGCAAUAUAGAAGAAACACUGAGUACCCUUCGAUAUGCUAAACAAGCUUGUUUCAUAAUCAACAUUGCCAAAGUCAACGAAGACAUAAAUGCAAAACUAAUCCGAGAAUUGAAAGCUGAAAUUGAGAAACUGAAAUUGGCUCAGAAAAACGCUCAGAAUGUUGACCCUGAAAAACAAAAGCUUUAUAUGCAAGAAAUAACAUCUUUAAGAGUGAAGCUAUACCAGCAAGAGAGGGAGAUGGCAGAGAUGCAAAGGGCCUGGAAAGAAAAACUUGAACAAGCAGAAAAAAAGAAAUUUGAGGAAACAAUGGAGUUACAGAAAGCUGGCAUUACAUUCAAGGUUGACAAUAGUUUGCCUAAUUUAGUCAAUCUCAAUGAAGAUCCCCAGCUCUCUGAGAUGUUGCUAUACAUGAUCAAGGAAGGACAAACAACAGUUGGGAAAUGCAAGCCAAAUUCACGUCAUGAUAUUCAGCUGUCUGGUGUCCUGAUUGCCGAUGACCAUUGUAUUAUCAAACACAUGGAUGGUGUUGUGAGUAUUAUUCCACUGGGAGGAGCGAAUACAUAUGUUAAUGGAAAAUGCAUUUCAAGCCCUACAUUUCUCCAUCACGGUGACCGUGUCAUUCUUGGAGGAGACCACUAUUUUCGGUUUAAUCACCCAGUAGAAGUUCAGAAAGUCAAAAGUCUUUCUUGUGGCACUUCCCUUCCUGAGGACGGUCCAAGUGGCUUUGAAUUUGCAAAGAAUGAAUUGCUGGCUUCACAAAGGGCUCAACUUGAAUCAGAAAUAGAAGAAGCACGUCUGAAAGCUAAGGAAGAAAUGAUGCAAAGUAUCCAAAUCGCAAAAGAAAUGGCCCAAGAGGAACUUAGUUCUCAGCAGAAAAUUUAUGAGAGCCAGAUAAAAUCAUUAGAAGCACAGCUGGAAGAAGAAUCCCGGAGGAAACAACUGCAGGAAAUGAAUAAUAAAAUAGCUGUAAACAAAAUUCAAGAGCUGGAGCAAGCAAAUCGGGGCCUUGAGCUAGAGGUACACGUAAACAAGAAGCGCUUGGAAAUGGAGACAUUGGCUGCCAGGGAGGUUUUAGAAGAUCAUGUCAUUCGUCGUGCCAAGAUUCUAGAAGCUCUAGAAGCUGAGAAGCAGAAAAUUGCUCAGGAAGUGGCAAUGCUUCAGCAGACUCAUGGAAACAGAAAUAAAGCAGAGCCAAACUGGAAUUCUUUGAAGCUGUCCAUGAUGAUCAAGGAGGCCAACACUAUUAGCAGUAAAUUAGAGAAACACACAGUUUUUUGUAGGCAUGAUGCAAUGGAUAAUAAAAAUGGUCCUGGCCAUUCCCUUCAAGUUCAAGUCCGUAACAUCAGGCUUGGUGUUGCAACAUUCUGGAGUUUGGAAAAAUUUGAAGAUAAAUUGGCUGCAAUGAAAGAAGUCUAUGAGAUGAACAAUACUAACAAAGCUGAUGAGAUUUUUUAUGAUCCCACUGAUGAAUGGGAACCUGAUUUUUCAAAUGCAUCCAUCUCUUCUAUUUCUUCAAGGAGAAGUUUGAGGAGGAGCAAAAGAAUUUCUGGAUGUUUGUCUGAGGUAAAGAUGAGACUGCACAAUUCAUACCUAUCAGACUCAGCAAAUAAAUUGGGCAGCCUGGGCUCAGACCUACCUGAAUCAUCUCUACCUGGCAUAUGUAAGGAACUGAUAGAUUCAGCUUUGGAUGUCUUGGGACAGACUACAGAAGAGGAAGAGAGCAUAGCACAAAGCCUUUUAGCCACAUUGUUCAACGUUUACGCUGGAGUCUCUGCUUUGAUAAAGGCUUAUGAACAAGCUGAACAAAGUCAAGAGAACUUUUUCGCUGUUAACUAUACUGCUCAGUCCUGCAGCAUCAAGAUUAGUUCAGCUUUCGAACAGCUUGUUGUUCUAACCAAGCACUGGCUGAGCAGUUUUCGAAAAAAUGAAGAAUUUGUAAUGAUUCAUGUUGAACUAAGGGAGAGUGUAAAACACCUGGGAGCGUAUCUGCAAUUGCUCUUACGGGGCGGUUGCUCAGAUUUGUCUUCAGUAGUAGUAGAAGCACAAAAGAAAAUAAUGCAGAUGUUGAAACAAAUGGCAAAAUACACAGGACACUUGGUGGUACUUACUGGCUCAGACCUACAUCUUUCUGCAGAAAAUAAAAGUGAUGCAAGCAACCCAAAGAAGCAGUUCAUACCAGACAUCUGUGAUGGAAUGGUCUCUGGACUGGAACACCUUUUAAACUGCAUACAGAAAAAAUCUAGGGCAAUGUGGAAUGAACUCUUAAAAUGGUAUCCACAAAAUGAGGUUCAGAAUCAAAUAAAGACUAAAGCUAUGGAUUUGGCUAAAAUCCUUGAAAAUAUAAUAGCUGGUUGUAAAAAGAAAGUAGCAGCAAAUAUAUCAUGGACUGAAGAAAGUGUUGAUCAGGAGUUAAAGAAAGCAACUAGCAAAGCUGUUGCAUUCUUGGAAUUACACCAUUGCCUAGAUCAAGUCUGUCGGAUGGUUACUUCUUCAUUACAAGGCUCAUAUAGAAACAGAAGUCCACUUAGGUAUUUCAUAGAAAAGAUUUGCAUCUUAACUGGGAAUUUUAACACUCUCUGCAACCCAUCUGUAUUAUCCACUGAUACAGCAGACAAUCCUGUUUGCACAAUCCCAGAGCCUUCUGUGAACCACAGAGAAUUGGACUCCAUAGCAAAGUCACUCAUUAUAAGUUUUGAACUUGAACAGGGACAGAAUUCAUCAAAUGUUCAGGACACUUGUAUGCAAAAUUCUUGUUCUGAAGGAAAACAACUUGAAGAGGAUGAAGUUCUAUACAUCUUGGAGCCGAAAGAAGCUCCAAAAUGGGAACAUCUACUUUGGUCUCUACCUAAAAGCUUAGGGGAAGCUUCACCUAGUGGAAUCCAUUGGGUAUAAAUUAUUGCUUAACUUAUGGAAUGCAGGUAAUAAACACUGUAACGGUUAUGUUGGCUAUUGUGUUGGCAUCUGGAAAAAAUGGAGCCUUGGAACAAUAAAUCUUUGGGCUAGUUCACAUGCUCACCCAGCCAAGAUUGCCCUUCUGUGGUGAAUGGAAUAAGAGCAGGUCUUCCUCUUUUACUUGCAUAUUUAAGGUAUUGUGUGAAUCCAUUCAUGAAGUCUCAGUUCCCUAAAUUUUUAUCUCUUAGGGUGUAAGUAAAAGUUGCAAAUCAUCCCAUGAGAAGCGUGCCCGGUUCCCAAAAUAUCUUAUAUGUACUGUUCAGAGGAGUGGUCUUGCCUGCUCCCUCUAUCAUGGAAUGACAGUUCUUGGCUGGGUGAUGUAGUCACUGGUCCCUAAAGAAGCUGCAAAUUCACACCUAAAGGAAGUCCAGUCCAAGACGCAUAUUUUAAGCUGUGGGGCAAGUCAGAAAAUUCAGUCGUUAAAAUUUAAUUCAUUCUGCAUGCAUGUAAUAGCUUCAUUUUAAAACCAUGCUUCAACAUCGAAGGAGUUGCAUUAACCUUGCUGGUCAUAUUUCUUAGCUCUUGGGGUCUAUAAAUGUUUAAUGUUUAGUAGGCAGUCGCAGUACCUAGGCCAAAUAUAUUUAAAGCGAAAUUCUUGGAAAAUGGGGACAUAGUUGCUUGGGUAGUGAUGUGUCAUUUUAUAUGAAAAAUGCACCCCUGUUUUGCAGCCAUUCUUUGGGCACAGUUCAAGUUGUCGAACAAGAGGCUUAGAAGAGGUCUCUUGCUGCCACUGAACCCUCAGGAUGGUUAGUCUCCAAAGAGACUCAUGUCUGCACCCAUGCAAAUGGCUUGUGUGUACCACAAGGGUGUCUAAACAUGUGAGCCAAUUUCCCUUUCAGCAGUAACUGCUCAUUGCUAGCGAGAAGCCACUUCAAAGGACCCCAACCUUUAGGUAUGGUUUUCUCGGGCACAGAGGAAAGGAAAUGGCAAGACUGCCCUUUGGAUUCCAUUUGAUUACAUGGAAUAACAGGGUAUGAGGUAAAGUGAUUUAAAAAGUAACAGCUUCUUCUCAGUUUGGUGACGAUGAUUUUUAAAACAAACAAGUGAAAGGGAUGUAGCUUCUGAGUAUGGUAAGUUCCCUCAGCCUUAAUUUUAAAGAACAAGCUUUUCAUUAUUUUGUAAUUUAUAUGCAGUACUUGUUUUGGUUGUUGUUUUUUAAGAAUAACAUAUUUAAUUCGUUUUAGCAGAGCUUUUCCAGUAUAAUUAUGGUUUGCCAACAGAGUUGUUCGGACACCUGAAAGUCAACUUUACUUUUAACGGUGUACCACACAGUACAACAGAACUCAUUCAUCAUUUGUUAAAAGGCUUUAAAAUGAUCGUUGACUGGACACAAACUAUUUCAAUUGUUGAGAAUUUUUAAAAUCCCUUAAAACAAAAACACAGUGCUGGCUUUCACAUUUUUAUAGUACCAGUUUUGAUUGAUGCUUGUAAAUGUAACUCCUCCUAAUCAUGUAUUGUCUAUACACAUCUAUUUACAUACACAAAUUUGUAUAAAAGGUGCUUACAAAGAUCAGAAUUGAACUGUAAAGAUUUGCAAAUAGAGCAUAAGGUACAUGUAAACAUUAUUGGUUCUUUUUUAAAAACAAGUAUCUGCCUUGAGCCAUAUAUAUUGAGUUUUAAAUGCUGUACAAAAGUGUUAUUAAACUAUUCUAUUCAAGUGUA